AUGGAAUACAUGCGCAAAAUCGGCUGUCAAACGAAGAGCUGGAACACUACACGAAAGAAGUUGUUGCUCGGGUGGGUAUUUUUGCUUGAAUUUUUUUUCCUGUAAGGAAAAAAUGGUUGAAUUAAGAAAUUUUUUAUAAAGUAAUAUCACAAGUGGAUGUAUAUUAUUCCGAGAAACGUUGUUGGUACAAUAUUUUCAAAGCUACCGGUCCAUAAAGACACCAUGUUCAAGGCGCUAGAUAGUUGAAUUGUAUAACCUGUUUAAGACUCAAGACCCGGAUAUUACACCCUGUUCAGCGCCACGUACCCUUCUAGGCCAAAUAAGGGACUGCGCCCCUAAGGGGGAGAUGAAAUCCUCAUUCUAUUCCAAAUCAACGUUGAUCACCAUUGGCAGACUGAUAUAUGUCUAAUACAUUUAAAUUUCACCAUCAUAGUAGGAGUAAAACCUUACCUUUUCUUUAGUCAAAGUCUGGAAGUCUCAGCCAAAAUGCAAUAACUAUGACGUUGCAAACUGAUGACACCAAAAGCAUAUGCUCUGUGUCAACUCCCUCUUAGUCUGUGUACAGACGUCCCCCCUCUCUCAGAAAAAAAAAAUUGAUUUUUUUUUCUGAGGGAGGGGGGACGUCUGUACACAGGCUACUCGCUCUUAACUAGUCAACUUUCUAUGGGAUGUACACUUUUUAAAUUGUCAGCUUGGAGAUGUCUCCUAAAGGUGUCCAUCUCAAAGACAGUUGAAAUAUAUCAUAUUAAGUUCUUGAUGUGUUUUACUCAAGGUUGGACCCACAUGGGGUAGAAAAAUUGUGAAAGGAUAUAUGGCCAGUUGUGGUAUAACAGCUGGUGACAAGCGCAUUGGAAAAGCUUUUUUUUUCAAUUGUCUCUCCUCUGUACCAAGUCCAGAGAAAUACCAACACUGCCAGGCAAACCAAUCCCUAUCCUUACCAUGCUGACUAUUUUGGUCACAAAUUGCACAUGGACCAAAAUGAAAAACUGGCAAUGUAUGGAUUAACUGAAGUCAGUGCAUGUGAUGGCUAUAGCGGAAAGAUUGUGGCUUUUGCAACAAUGCCAGUGAAGAACAAUGCUUUGAUCUAUGAGAAUGUUUACAGGUACAGUAUUGGACAAUCCUUUAAAAAUUGCUAUUAUUACUGUAGGUGAUAAUAAUAUUAUAAUUAUUGCAGCAGUGUUGCCACCUUAACAACAAGCACUUCCAGAUAAGAAGUACCAGCAAGAGUAUAAUAGAAAAAUAAGAGAAGCAGCCAAGUAACAGUGAUGAAUAUAUCACGAAAACAAGCAUAGAUCAUGUUAAAAUUUAAUUUACAUUUAUUUACUCACCUUUGUAUGUGUUAUUGAUGUUUAAAUAUUACAUCUUAUAUUUGCUUUUCUCUUUGAAGAACUGUGGUCAUUCAGCAUGGCAUUUGGGAUCAACUUAAUCUCGUACCCAGAUCUCACUCUGUUUUACACUACUUGGUCGUGGGAGAUCUGGGUACGAGAUUAGGAUCAACUCAGAGUACACCAUGGAACAGAGUUCUAUCUCUCUUUGUAUGUACAAGAAAAAAAGUCUCUAUAUAGGACCAAUAUAAACAGGGCACCAUUUAUACAAACAACUUCGAAGCAGGUGUUUGUUUAGUGAACAUGUUACCAUUAUUAUUAUUAUCAUAAUUAUUAUGAUAACUAUUAAUCAUUAUUUUUAUUAUUAUCAUUUAAUAUUAUUUUUCUUAUUUCAAGAAUCAUCCUGCUGGGUAGAGUUUAACUCCCGUGUCAACUACCCUAUUAAACAAGCUCCAAAUGCUAUGGUGAAUGAAGACCUAAUAAAUAUGGAUGGUGACAUGAACAAGUUCGGUGUAUCAUGGUAUACGUCCAGGGUAGCAGACAUUGAAACCAAACAAGUUAUUUCCAGCUGGAACAACCAUGCCAUUACCAUUCUGGGGAUCCAUCACCAUUCUGGGUCAUUUCUGCAUGGAUAA